UUCGUUCCUUCCGGUUCCGCGCCCCUAUCUUUUCUCUGAGCCCCUCCUACCUGCAGCCCCUGGGGCAAGGCGGAACUAACUGCUGGGCUGUGAUCGCUGCUGCCGAGCCCCGCCCCCCAGCCUCGGGCUGUUCUCCAGAGUCGGCCCGAGGCAUAAUCUCCCCCAUCCCACCUGCAGUGGGCUCGCUCGCGGCCUGCCAACCCUUCCCCGCUAGCCACUUUGGACUCUCCCUAGCGUCUCCCACCCGCGCGUCCUCUGCAGGGGGCCCGCCCCUAGCCAGUUCCGGGGCGGUUGCUCCCACCAACCGGAACUCCCCAACCCCUCCCGCGGCCUGGGGGCUGUAGGAGCCUGCAGGAGGUUGCAGUGAGGAGGUAGAGGGGGCAGGAGCCGCGUUAGAGGGUCCCUGGAGGACGGGGACCCUGAAGGCGAGUCACUGGGGCGACCCACGGGAGGGGCCAGACAUUAAACAGGCGCACUUCUGUGCCAGGCACUGAACUGGGCUCUUGACGAGCAUCCUCUUAAUCCACAGAACAUCCCAGGGAGUUCCACAGGGUCCCGUAUCCUGGGCCAUGAGUGAACUGAAGGACUGCCCCUUGCAGUUCCAUGACUUCAAGUCUGUGGACCACCUGAAGGUUUGUCCACGCUACACGGCAGUGCUGGCCCGCUCUGAGGAUGAUGGCAUCGGCAUUGAGGAGCUGGACACUCUGCAGCUGGAACUUGAGACCCUGCUUUCCUCUGCCAGCCGGCGCCUACGGGUUCUCGAGGCUGAAACCCAGAUCCUCACUGACUGGCAGGAUAAGAAAGGUGAUCGCCGAUUCCUGAAGCUGGGUCGAGACCAUGAGCUUGGAGCUCCCCCCAAACAUGGGAAGCCGAAGAAACAGAAACUGGAAGGGAAGGCGGGACAUGGGCCUGGCCCUGGCCCCGGGCGGCCCAAAUCCAAAAACCUUCAGCCCAAGAUCCAGGAAUAUGAAUUCACGGAUGACCCAAUUGACGUGCCACGGAUCCCCAAGAAUGAUGCGCCCAACAGGUUCUGGGCCAGCAGAGAGCCCCUAACAAUGCCAGGCACAGCUUGCCAAUGUUCACCCAUUUUGGGCCUGGUGGCAUCUCCUCCCCAGAUCCCACCCCUGGGGAAGCACUACUCCCAACGCUGGGCGCAGGAGGACCUGCUGGAGGAACAGAAGGAUGGGGCCCGGGCAGCAGCUGUGGCAGACAAGAAGAAAGGCCUCAUGGGGCCACUGACCGAACUGGACACUAAAGGACUGAAGACUCUGACUGAAAAUAUUAUUUCCCCUAUGGAGGACUCUCCUAUUCCUGACAUGUCUGGGAAAGAAUCAGGGGCUGAUGGGGCAAGCACCUCUCCCCGCAAUCAGAACAAGCCCUUCAGUGUACCGCAUACCAAGUCCCUGGAGAGCCGCAUCAAGGAGGAGCUGAUCGCCCAGGGCCUGCUGGAGUCUGAGGACCGCCCUGCAGAGGACUCGGAGGAUGAGGUCCUCGCAGAGCUGCGCAAGCGGCAGGCCGAGCUGAAGGCGCUCAGUGCCCACAACCGCACCAAGAAGCACGACCUGCUGAGGCUGGCAAAGGAGGAAGUAAGCCGUCAGGAGCUGAGGCAGCGAGUCCGCAUGGCAGACAACGAGGUCAUGGAUGCCUUCCGAAAGAUCAUGGCUGCCCGGCAGAAGAAGCGGACCCCCACCAAGAAGGAGAAGGACCAGGCCUGGAAGACUCUGAAGGAGCGUGAGAGCAUCCUAAAACUCCUGGACGGGUAGCCCUUACCCCUGCCUUAGGCUGCCUUCCCCUUGCCUGGGAGAAGGAGGGGUCAGGAGCCUACUUCCUUCUUUGGGCUACCCAAACCCUAGGCCUGUGACUGCCUGUUAAAUGUCAAAAUGGUGACAGUCUGUAGAGGACUGUGGCCCUUCCCUGAGGUCUUUUGGCCUAGCUCUCUACAUCCAGGACAUGGGAGGCCCUACUGGGCUGGCCUAGGGCCCACUCCGUGCUUCCCCCUUUUGACUGUCCCCCACUCCCUCCCCUUUCUUCCUCAAGGACUUCUCCCUUGUGGUUUUGUAAAGUGCAAACCUAAAAGUAAA